UUGUUUAAUGUAACAUUCUUUAUAAUAUUUAUACCAUUAGGUUAUUCUCCCAGUCCUUUUCUUAUUUGGCUUGCAUUCAAGAACCAACAUGAAACAACUAUAAAGGGAUGAUAAUUUGGACCCAAUAUGUAAUUUUCAAAAUAGUUCCAGGGGUUAAAACAAAACAAAACAGAUAUCCUAAGAGUUAACUGAAAACAUAAAAAACAACCAUAAGAACACAAUAUGAAGUCCGAUGAAGGUAUAGAAGAGUAAAACCUAGGCGAGCUCAAAGGUGAAAUUUGGCAUUACUCAUCAUGGAAACUCUAAGUGAAGAGUAUGCUGCUUUUCUAAAGAAAGUGAACCGUACUAUAUACAUUGACAACCUUUCACCUGUGGCUACUGAAUCUGUUGUUAAAGCUGCUCUCGAUCAAUUUGGAAACGUCAUUCAGGUCAAGUUUAUCCCAAACUACCUCGAACCAAAGAACAUUGGACAAGCUGCAUUAGUUGAGCUGGAAAAUCCAGAGCAGGCGAAAACUAUAGUGUCUGAAAUAAGCAAUUCCUCGUUUAUGGUUUGUGGUAUGCCAAGGCCUGUUAAGGCACAGGCUGCUGAAGCAGAGAUGUUUGAUGACCGUCCUAGAAAACCGGGUCGGAAGAUAGUGUGCAAAUGGUUGGAUUCCAGCGAUCCAGAUUUCGAGGUGGCCAAGAAGAUCAAGCUUAAGAUUAGGAAACAAGCAGAGGAAGCCAAGUUUUUGCUCAAGCAACAACUAGAGGAGGAAGAAAAUCUUGCAAAAAAACAGACGGAGAUCUUGAACGCAAGCUAUAAGAAGUUUGAACUCAUAGACACUGUUGUUGGCAACAGAGUUGCUGACCGUUUGGCAGAACGUUACAGAGUGCGUGUUGCAGAUGCUGAGCACCAAUAAACAUUUUGCACAACAAACUAACAUAGACCUAAAGAUUCAGCUUCUCGGCGUUUUGGCAUGGUUUGCUUUUUCUGAAGAUCAUAUUUAAGGCAGUAGAUAGUAGCUCACCCUAUAAUAGUUUGGUUGAUCUUGAAUUGUAUUUUGGCCUAAAUGUACUCUAAUAUAUGUGUCAAGUGAACAUGUAGGAGAUUAACUUAUAUAUAUGAAGCUAUUGCAGGAGUGUGAAA